AUGCCCUCAACAAGGGCCCGAGAGGCCUCGGGUAGCGACAAUAUCAGCGCCGUUAGAACGUCCAAGAAAUCAAUGACCCAAGUGGAAUUAACAGCGGUAAAGAAAGCCGCUGGCCUUAUUGAGGAGAAACAGAGCGGAAAAGAUGGAAACAGGGACAUGCUUAAAAAGAUAGGCCAGUACCUAGAAAGCACCUACCAAGAGGUUAAAGGACUGAAAGAAGCCCUUAUCAAACAAGAGAUGAUGAUCAAGGAACAGUCUGAAAUGAUCCGGGAACAGAGCAAUACAAUUCAAGCGCUGCAGACCCAAGUAGAAGCAAUCCGAAGCCAAGCUACAGAAGAUUACAAGCAACUCCAGGAACAGCUAGACACUGUCGCAAGUACUCCGGCUAUGACAACAUACGCGGCUGUAGUUGAUAGACAGCCCAGUCAUCAACAGGAUACACAGCUAGUACCCCUAGCCCGUCCUACAUUAGUUAAUACGCUAUUCUGCACAAUCGACACGUCCCGGGUCGGAGAACAAGACAAAGCGAAGACCCAGAUAGCCAAUAUAAGACAACAGAUCGAAAAAGAGAUGCGUGGGAAUGAGGAAACAGAAAACUGGCGGUGUGCAGCAAUGAUCAAGGACCCAAAAACUGCAGACCGGAUCAAGGUGGUUUGCAGACAUGAAGACGAGAUGCAGCAGAUCAAAGAAGCCGCCCAAAAGAUUGAGAUACCAGGAAUAAGAAUCCUACGAAACCAGCUAUAUCCGGUCAAAAUCGACAAUGCUAACCGGACAGCAGUAUUAGAUGCAGAUGGAAAUAUCUUAUCAGGGACAGCCGAAAUCCUGGGGAAAGAAAAUAACGUCAGCAUUGCUAAGAUCUCUUGGCUUAGCAAAAAAGACUCCAACAAAGCAUAUGGAUCUAUGGUAAUAUACGUUACCAAAGCGACGGAAGCCAGACGUCUGAUAGAAGGCAACUAUUUUGAUAUAGCAGGAGAAUCCGCAUAUACUCGGGUCUUUGAACCACAAACAGGACCUGCUCAAUGUUAUAACUGCCAAGAGAUGGGGCAUAAGGCCUUUUCCUGCAAGAAGGCUCAAACCUGCGCUAGAUGUGCAAAUAAGGGACAUCAUCACAGCACCUGCCAGGAUACAAUUCUAAAAUCAUUUCGCGUACUACAACUCAAUGUGGGCAAAAGAGAUAUGAUACAACAAAGCUUAAUGAACGAUAACGAAAUUAGAGAUUAUGGAGCGAUAGCAAUAUCCGAGCCAUACGCGCGGAUGAUUGAGAAGACAAUGAUAACAAGCCCAAUGGGACACAGCUACUGGACUAAGAUGACACCCACGGAGAGACAUGAAGGAAGAUGGCCAAUCCGGAGCAUGCUAUGGGUUCGGAGCGACAUUGAGGCAGAACAGAUCCCAGUAAAAUCCUCAGAUCUGACAGCUGCGAUACUACAAUUUCUAGAUAGGGCAGUACUGGUGGCCUCAGUCUAUGUGGAGGGGAACAAUGAGGAAGCACUAAUAUCUACAACUAGGCUACUACAUAGCCUAGUGGUAGACAUACAGGGAAGAGAUGGAAAACGGAUGGAUGUUCUAAUUAUGGGAGACUUCAAUCGGCAUGACCAACUCUGGGGCGGAGACCAAAUAUCUCCAGUAAGACAGGGGGAGGCUGAUGCUUUAGUUGACUAUAUGACCGAACACUCACUCCACAGCCUUCUACCAAGAGGCACAAAGACAUGGCAUUCAGGGGAUACAGAAACAACAAUCGACUUAGUCUUAGCAUCGACGGAGCUAGCAGAAGAGAUGGUUAAAUGUGGCAUACACUAUACAAACCAUGGAUCAGACCACCAAGCUAUUGAAACAGAGUUUGAUAUAUCAGUCCCGGAUCGACCUACCACUGAGAGAUUGCUCUGGAAGAACGCGCCUUGGACAGAAAUUAGAGCUAGAGUCACUACCAGCUUACAAGGGGUUCCCCUGGACGGCUCAGUCCAGCUGCAGACGGAUCGCCUGAUGAUAGCGGUCACAGAAGCAGUCUCAAAACUUACACCAAAGGCAAAACCCUCACCAUACGCGAAACGAUGGUGGACGACAGAUCUAACGCAGCUUCGCCGUAUAUACACAUACUGGAGAAAUCAGGCUAGAUCGCGGCGUAGAGCAGGAUGUAUAAUCCAUGAGCUCGAACAACAAGCACAUAAAGCGGCAAAAGAAUAUCAUGAUGCAAUCCGGAAACAGAAGAAGAUACACUGGGAAGAUUUCCUUGCUAAUGAUGCAAAUAUAUGGCAGGCAACUAAAUAUCUAAAACCUAAUAGCAGCUCAUUCAGCGACAAAAUACCACCAUUGGUAAAGGCAGAUGGAUCUACUACCAAAGAUAAAGGAGAGCAGAUGAAAGAGUUGCUUGCUACAUUUUUCCCACCAUUACCGACGAGAAUAGAAGAUAAGGGAACUCGGCCACAAAGAGAGCCGAUACACAUGCCUGAUCUCACUAUGGAGGAGAUUGAACGAAAAGUCUUUGAAGCUAAGCCAUGGAAAGCACCCGGAGAGGAUGGCCUCCCAGCAAUGAUAUGGAGGCAGCUCUGGCCAGUGGUCAAAGAAAGAGUAUUCCGUAUCUUUCAGAUAUCACUUCAAGAUAGCGAUCUCCCUUCCCAAUGGAGAAAUGCUAAGAUUAUACCGCUAAAGAAGCCGGCCAAGAAAAAUUACGCGCUGGCUAAAGCAUGGAGACCAAUAUCAUUGCUCUCCACGUUGGGUAAAAUACUGGAAGCGGUCGUCGCGGAAAGGAUAUCAUACGCUGUCGAAGAGUUCGGCCUGCUGCCUAUAAACCACUUUGGAGCAAGGAAGAGGCGCUCGGCAGAACAGGCACUUCUAUUAUUGCAAGAAGAGAUCUAUAAGGCCUGGAGAAAUAGGAAGGUACUAAGCCUGGUCAGUUUUGAUGUCCAAGGGGCAUAUAAUGGAGUCUUCAAAGAGAGACUGCUGCAGAGACUCAAGGCAAGAGGAAUACCUGACCAAAUAGUUCGAUGGAUUGAUGCUUUCUGCUCAAGACGCACAGCAAACAUCCUGGUUAAUGGAUCUACAAGCGAACAACGGGAGCUACCACAGGCAGGCUUACCACAAGGAUCACCACUGUCCCCAAUACUAUUCCUGUUCUUCAAUGCGGAUUUAGUACAACACAGGAUAAGUGCCUCCGGAGGAGCAAUUGCAUUUGUGGAUGACUAUACGGCAUGGGUAUCAGGCCCAUCAGCAGAAACGAAGCGGGCAACAUUUGAAUGUGAUAAAACGGCCAUAGUUCACUUCACCCGGACGGCAAGCCGUUCAAGCAGCAUACCAUUCUUGAUUAAAGGCGAAAUAGUCGAACCAAAGGAAAGUGCAAAGAUUUUAGGAAUAGUGAUGGAUUCCCAGCUACGGUUCAAGGAACACAUUGCCAAUGCUGCUACCAAAGGACUCACGGCAGCCAUGGCGCUGAGAAGGCUAAAGAUGACUUCCCCACGGUCAGCAAGACAACUAUUUAGAGCUACAGUAGCUCCAGUGACAGACUACGCUUCUAGUGUCUGGAUGCAUGCCUGUGGAGCAAGGGGAACACAAUAUUUAAACAGAAUACAGAAACAUGGAGCUAUUGCAGUAACGGGGGCCUUUCGGACAGUAGCAACUGCUGUGGCUGAGGCAGAAGCAGGCAUCCAGCCGUUCCACAAUCGACAUAUGGAGAAAGCUAUAAAACUACACAUCGACAUCCAAACACUACCUGAAUCAAACCCCCUAGUCAAACUAAGGACUAUCACAACCCAGAGGUUCAGGUCUCCGCUACAGAGGAUAGCUCGAGCCCUAGAGACAACAACAACAACCGAGCGGAUAGAAACUAUCCAAGCAUUCACAAUAUCACCAUGGACAGCGCGUAUACAAACGAUACACGAAAAAGACGGGGAACAGACCAUUCAAAUUGCUAAGAAGGCAAUUGGUAUCCUAAUUGCCACAAGUGCAUCUGCUAGAUCCGGAAUAGUGGGUAUAGGAGGCCAUAUAAGAGACACCCAGGCAGACAAUAAUGGAACCGACAUAUCCAGCUUCUCGAUCACCCUGGGCAAAAGGACAGAGCAGAAUCCUUAUACAGCAGAACUAGAAGCGAUGGCGGUCGCCCUAGAACGAGUCCCUCCUGGGGCAUGCUGUAGAUGGAUAUCUAUCCUUAGCAGUAAUAGAUCCGCAGUGGCAGCAAUCAGCCAACCCCGCCAGCAAUCUGGUCAAGAAACCAUCCAGCGGAUAUAUAAGCAGAUUGAGACCUUAUACCGGCGAGGAAACGCAGUAAAUGCAAUCUGGAUACCAGCACAUGCAGAUAUCAACUUGAAACAACGAGCAAAAGCUGAAGCACAGAAAGCGACAGGAACAGAGCAUCUGCCGGAGAAACAACCAUCCCAAGCUAGAUCAACUGCUAUCAGGCUCGCCCUUGCGGAACGGCAGCUAGAAUGGACUCUCCCAGAGAAUGUUGGUAAAUACUCAAAGGCUGUAGAUGCAGCUCUUCCAGGAAAACAUCCAAGGAGCUUGUACGACAGAUUGAACCGGAAAGAGGCAAAAAUCCUGGCCCAGCUUCGGACAGGAAUGACAGGGCUCAACAGCUACUUGAAUAGGAUAGGCGCAGCAGACUCCGAUCUCUGCGCAUGUGGACAAGCAAGUGAGACAGUGGAACAUUUCCUAUUCCGCUGCACAAAAUGGACAGCGAUGAGAGAAGGCAUGAACCAAUGCACAGAGUCGAGACGAGGUAACCUGUCCUUCUUCCUAGGCGGAAAAUCACGCUCCGACCCGGAUCGAUGGCAACCAGACAUGAAGGCCGUCCAGGCAGUAAUCAAGUACGCAAUUGCAACAGGAAGAUUAGAACAGGAACCCGAAGCCGGACCUCCAUCAACAUAG